AUGUUGCAGACAAGGAAUAGAGGAAAUGCUGACAGCGAUAUAAAAAUGAUGUCUAUUAUUGAGGAUUCGGAAGAUGAAAAAAAACUAAGCUCAACAGAACCUACAGUCCUAGCAGUUAGUGAAGUGGAUUCAGAUGAUGAUAAUGCAUCGCUUGGAUCAGCGAGAGAUUCAUUUCCCGAUUGGCAGAAAUUAGUUUAUGAACGGCUUACGGCUAGAGAUCAAACUAUAAUGAAAGCUAUUAUUCUUAAUUUUGAAAAGACAGGAAUUGUUGAUUUAUCAAAUAUUAAUUCCGGCUUUGUUGAUAGUUUUAGAUCAGCUUUCCUCGACACCAGGACAUAUUUGCAACGGAAAGGGUGUAUUGAUGAGAAUAAGGUAAAGGAAUAUUUUGGGAUCACAAGUAUGGUUAGAAUAUUAUCAGGAAGGGCGUUAUACGAAGAACCCAUAUGUAGCGCCGAGCUUCUAAAUAAGUUGAAGCAGGCAUCUGAGUCGCCACUUCAUUCUAUUGAUUUGAUAAAGCCAACUGUUCUUCCACCGUAUGAAAACGAAAUCCCGCUUGUUGACCGUAUUACACAGUAUGGUCUUGGAGAUUCCGGUUCAGAAGAUAAGUCUAGUGACAGUAUUGAAUACGGCUCUGACCAACUUCCAUUUUUAGUCAAUGAAUUUGAUUUACCAAUAUCAGGCCCCCAAAGCCCUGUUAAGAAGCGUAACAGUGCAGACGCCGCUAAAGAAGAAAAUGGCAGCAGCAGUAAAAGACCGAGAGUAGCCUGA